AUGAAGUUUGUUGUACGAAACUUACUUAGAGCGGCCGUACUUAUGGUUGCAAGUCUGUUUCUUCUACACAGCACUGCAGAUUCUGACUACGUUCUGAAAGAGGUAGAAGUAAGUUCAAGUGACACUGUCCGUGUCUAUACACCUGACGAGCUGAGGCGUUACGAUGGCAGUAAUGAUGGAGAGCCAAUACUCAUGGCGAUUAAAGGAGCUGUCUUUGAUGUUUCAAGUGGAAAAAAAUUCUAUGGAAAAGGUGCCCCUUACAACGUGUUGGUUGGAAUAGACUCUACAAAAGCUGUGGCAAAAAUGUCAUUAGAGCCAGCAGAUCUCACUCAUGACAUAUCUGACUUGUCUAGCUCCCAGCUGAAGGCACUGGAUGAUGUUUUCCAUGAGACCUACAUGGCCAAGUAUCCAGUAGUUGGCUAUAUGGAUUACUUGGUGAAAAAAAAACCAGACAAAUUUGCUCAUUUGAAGGUUAUCAAAUCUGAAUUAUAA